UGACUAUGAGUAUCUGUGUCAUUUUUGUCCUUCCAUCAUUCCUUUUUGGGUACUUUUAUUUUAUUUUUCCCUUGUAUGCACAUCCUACCUUUGAAUACGACAAUAAAAAAACACACAAGUUUAGAGUAUGGAGGAGAGUAACGAGGUAGAAAUGUAUCAAUUCCAGAUAACUUUUGUGUUUAAUUAUUAAGUGGGGUACCGGAACUGUGUCAGUGUUGAAGGGGAAGCAAAAUCCCAAAAAAGUUGCUACACUAAACAGCCAAGCAUCAAGCACCCACCACCUCACCUUCGACAACCCUCCUUUUGUUAAUUAGCAACAAAUUUGUCACAUCUCUUUACUUAGCAGCUCCUCUCUUCCCCAAAAGAUUCUUCAUGUUCCUUUCGCUUCCCUGAAACUAAGAUAUAGACUGCCCACCUCCCUUCGGCCUCUAUUCCUCUCGUUCGUUUUGGCACUCGAUCAGUAAUGGAUCAAUCAAGAUAUUGGAUCCAGAAGGAAAGAACUUGUUUGAAUUCGCAUGUGUUAUCAUCGUUUGGUGAUUCUUGGGAAGAACAAGCAUUCGCAGAAGACGCAGCCGGGCCACUCGGAGGAUGUAUAUGGCCUCCAAGAUCUUAUACUUGCAGUUUCUGUAGAAGAGAAUUUCGGUCAGCACAAGCUCUUGGUGGUCACAUGAACGUUCAUCGAAGAGAUAGGGCUAGACUCAAGCAAAGUCCAAAUAACAACCAAAUUCUUGAACCUAAUACAUCUUUGGGUAGAUGUACGUUACAAAACCCUAAUGAGAUCUGUAACCCUAAUUUUGACUUGGACAAUGCUCUCUUUUCGUCAUCUUCUCUAAGACCAUCUACAGAUUCCAUUCUCCGCCCUUUCACCUGCUCUUUCGUUCAACAACAGCAAACGAGUACACCCAUAUUGUCAUGGUCCAAGUUCGAUCCUCAGAAAAGAUUCCAUAUAGCCGAUAUGGGAAACCAAGCAGAGAAGGGUUUUACAAAAGUUAUCGAGUCGAAUACCACCAGUUCCAAGAAGAAUACUCGUCAUGAGAUUGAGGUUCAUUUCGCUGCUAACUUAAAUCCACGCGUUAGAGGAAGAUGUGACACACCUAUCUGCAGUGACAAGAGUGAUCAGGACGAUGGUUUGAUCUUCAAGAGAAGGCGAAUACACGAGGAUGUACAGUUUCUCUUUCCAAAAACUAGUAACUCGAUAAAUUGUGAUGCAGGUGAAUCCAUGGUGUCUCUUAAAAAUAGCCCGAACUCUACUUUAGAGAAUUUGGAUCUUGAGCUACGACUAGGUGAUCGGCCUUAAUCAGGUCAACCGUGCAAAAAACUGUGUUUUUAAUGCUGUUAUACUGCUUCUUCCUUCCUUUCCUUUAACGUUUAGUCCAUCUGAUUAAAGCUUUGAGGGCAAGUCUUCUUCGUUGAGUAUACCAUGACAAGCAAUGGGAGUGUAACAAAAGAAUACAUGUAAUUUACAUGAACGUUGAUUAAUAGAUUGAAGUUUUUGUAUUGUAUUAGCAUCACCGAUUAAAUGAAUAGUGUUUGUUAUAUAAACCAGUAGCAGCCACUCGUUCUAACCGAGUAUCAUGAAUCACUAAUGGUGAGUUCAUAAGUUGUUGCUAACGAAGAGUCUCUUUUCCUUUGUUGUUGUCUUAAUUAUCUCCCACAAUAUAACCAUGUAAUUACCUUCUGAAAAUUAUAUAUACGCAGACAUUUCUUUGU